GCGGGGAAUGCCGCUUCGUGCUGGAGAGCGUUGGCAGAUUCGCUCUGGAGUCGUGCGUUUCGGAUGAGGACGGCAACAGCGCAUGCUUCAGAACCUUCCUGGGAAAGAACCAGACCGAUUGGGAGGAGAGCCCGUGGGAUGACUUCAUUCAAGCGAAAUUGAAGCGCGUGGGCAAAGGGGAUGUCGAAGUGGGAGACGUCGUGGAGUACGAGAUGGAGAACAUUUACAAGAAUGCUCGUGCUCUCGUGCUGUGGGGCAGCGGCCUGGGCGUGCAGAGGAAGGUCGUCGAGCUGCCCGACGACCAGCUCGCCAACUUCAACAUCACGAUCGAGGACACCUGCGCCGCCGGCUGCUCCCUCCUCGUUCACGUCAACGUCCCCAGGCAGGCGGAAGGGGAGGCCAACGCCCUUGGCGUCCCGACGACGCCCUUCUUCGACCCCGCCAUGCCGCAGACCAUGACCCUCCGGGAGGACAUCGACGUUCGCCAGGACCGCAGCGUGUCCAUCCAGUUGGAGUUUCCCGACCUGGAGGCGCCGGACGGCGGCCCACCCGUCAUGGAGCCCCAGGGCGUCACACCUAUCGCCCUCUCCGUGCCCCCUUGCGAGGAGGGCGGUGGCGGGGACGCGGCCUGCGCCGACCUGGCUGACGACGAAGAAGUCCAAUAUACGGUGGCGGUGGUCGACAAGGCUGUCCUGGAGCUCGUGCCUUACGAGCUCAAGGACAUGGCUCUGGACUUUGCAUUCGAUCUGGCGCUGCGCUUCGAGGUGACGUCGUCUUCAGCAUAUCUGCACGCCCCCGGUGCAAUAGCGUCCGUCAUCGAAAGGUUUGUGAAGGAGCAGGAGGCAGACCCUUGGGCGCUGAUCGAAAGCGAGCUCCACUUGCCUGGAUACAAGCCAUUCCCGAGCGACGACCGGGGAGCGGUCGCCCUCAUCGGCAAAUCCCAGGGGGGCGGCGCUAGCGCUAGUGCUAGUUCCAGCGCUGGGGCAUCUGACGACGCCGACACAUUCGCGGCAUCGUCGGCAGUGGUGUUCAGCCCCGUCGAAGAACCAGAAGAAUCGCCAUUGGCCGACGAAGCCUUUGAUCCGCCCACGGAGGAAACCGCGGAGACGGGCGCGACGGUUCGCAACCAGGGGGACUUCGCGUCCACUCCCCUCUUCGUCACGGUCGGCUCCGCAAAGGGGGGAUCCUCCACCGUGGACUUCACCGCCCCCGACAACCUGGGCACCUUCGUCGUCAGGGCGUACGCCGGCACAGACAAGGCCCGCUUCGGGAGCGCGGAGUCGGAGAUCAUCGUGCGCAGAGCGCUGUCCAUGACCCCCUCCGCGCCGCGCAUCGUCCGCGUGGGUGACGUCUUCGACGCCGGCGUCAUCAUCACCCUCUCUGGCGGCACCGCCGCCGAAGAGCCCGUCAGCGUGAGUCUGACGGUCGAAGGCGGCGAGGAGGCCGUCCUGGCCGCAGUGGGAGAAACCCAGAAGUCCGUCGUCGUGGACGGCGACGGCCAGGUGGAGGUGCGGUUCAAACUCGAGGCCCUGGCGCUAGGGGAAGGGGCGUUCAACAUCACCGCAGAUGACGGCAAGGGCGCCAGCGACGCCCUUCGCCUGACGGUGCCCGUUCUCGGGCUCCAGGACGCCGUCACGGUGGCGACGUCUUUCGCCAUCCAGGCGUCGGAAGGCGAGGCUGCCCAGGCGACUGAGGGCCUGGACCUCCCCGCGGCGCUGCCCGGCACGGGCGGUCUCGAACUGCUGGCGGGCGUGGGGCGGCUGCCGGCGGUGCUCGCCAACGCGCGGCAGAUCAUGGAGGCCAAUGCCAA